AGUGAUGAACUGGAGUGGAGAUUACCAGUGACGGCUGAUGUCCACAUACAUGACCCCCUGAAAGAACAUAUAUAGAAUGGUAACAGACGAUCAGCCGUGUGCCCCACACAUACUCGUAAACCUUUGCACAAACAAAAGCUUUAUUUUCCUUCGAGGGGCAUCAGUGCCAUCUGCCAUCGUUAGUUCACCGCUCAGCCCAGCCCACAAGAGCCAGCAGCCGAGUAAGAGAGAGAGAGAGAGAGAGAGAGAGAGGGGGGGGGGGGAUCCGAUGGGCAGCGUCGGCGGCGGCUCGCCGGAGGAGCAGCAGGCCGCCGGCGCCGGGGGUGAUGGUCCUCCGGCGGUGUGCGUGACGGGGUCCACCGGCUACGUCGGCUCCUGGCUCGUCCGCACGCUGCUGCGCCGAGGCUACCGCGUCCACGCCACCGCUAGGGACACAGGCAAGGCGUGGCGGGUGUUCGCCGCCGUGGAAGGGGGUGACCGGCUCAGGGUGUUCCGGGCGGACAUGGGCGAGGACGGGAGCUUCGACGCCGCCGUCACGGGAUGCGUGGCGCUCUUCCAUGUCGCCGCUUCCAUGGAGCUCCACGUUUCACCGGGCCACGACAAUGUUGAUAAGUGCGUGAGGUCAAAUGUGCUGGAGCCGGCGACGAGGGGCACCAUCAACGUGCUGCAGUCCUGCGUCCACGCGGGGACCGUGCGCCGUGUCGUCUUCACUUCCUCCAUCAGCACGCUGACGGCGGUGGACACGGAGGGCCGGCGGAAGGCGGCCGUCGACGAGUCCUGCCUGAGGGACCUCGGCGACGUUUGGCGCACCAAGCCCGUCGGCUGGAUCUACAUCCUGUCCAAGCGACUGACUGAGGAGGCGGCGUUCAGGUUUGCACGGGAGAACGGCGUCCAUCUCGUGUCAGUCAUCCUACCGACGGUCGCAGGCCCGUUCCUGACACCAAGUGUUCCGACGAGCAUCCAGCUUCUGCUGUCACCCAUUACAGGUGACCCGAAGCUCUACUCGCUGCUGGCCUCCGUGCACUCGAGGUUCGGGUGCGUCCCGCUGGCGCACGUCCAGGACGCGUGCGACGCGCACGUCUUCCUCAUGGAGUCGCCGCUCGCCGAGGGGCGCUACCUGUGCGCCGCCGGCGGCCACCGGAUGGCCGAGGUCGCGCGGCUCCUCGCCUCGCGCUACCCUCCUUUCAAACCCUCGGAGAGGUUGAGCAGAGAUUUCGACGCCUCGUCCUCGUCCGUGGUCUCGUCCAAGAGGCUGACGGACCUGGGUUUCAGGUUCGAGCAUGGCGUCGCGGACAUCGUGAAGGACUGUGUUGCGCAGUGUCUUGACCAUGGAUUCCUGGAGCAUCCUGAUACCUGAAGGAGAACUGCAGGUUGGUUGGUUUUACUGUUUUAGCAGAUAGGAAUACUGUGUCGCUUGGAGAAGCCAGAGCCAGGAUGGAUGGUUGGGCUGGGGCAUGGGGUGCUACUUGGGCCUAAAGGCACUUCUUUUGUGAGUGCGGGCUUGUUAUAGCCCAAGUAACAUGUCAAAUAUGUUUGAAGAGCGUGAAUUUCGCGGGGGGAAAUAUCAUUUGAUCUUAGGGUUUUUUUUUUUGUGCCUUUCAAUUUAUGGGAACUUCCUGUGUUUAAAACGGUUAAAGAAAUAGCUACAAAAAAUAAAGAGAACAUGUCCUUUUGUUUU